AUGGGCUGUCUAUCACGCACCAAAGUAGAAAACAUCCUCAGCUUAACAUUCAACGGCAUCAACAUAGCCCUUUGUUUAUUGGUGAUCGCUGCCGCCGUAAUCAAAGCUAUCAAAGGCAACUUUUCUCAAAUUGUCAUGUGCAUCUAUGGAGGCGUAGUUGCAGCGUUGUUUAUCAUUAACGAAGUCAUAUCAUCCGAGAUUUCCUUUCGUUACUUUUAUUUUCUUGCGACUUACCGAGGCCGUGGAUUGAUUUUCAUAUUUUUUGGCUGUCUUGUGCUUGAUGACACGGUGAUCAAUAUAGUAGCAGGCACACUUAAUCUUACGAUGGGACUUAUCUACAUCAUCAUGUCGUUUAUCACACCCGAAUUCAUCCCACCUAAUCCAAUGACUAUCAACUGGCAGAAUUGGAAAGACUUUUCGGCCGAGGGAUUGGAUCUAUCACGACCACGACCCAUGAUGGAGCAAACCAAGAUACCUCACCCACCCACCAUUGAAACUUCACAACAACAACAACAUGUCUCUGGUACAGGAUAUGGUAUAUAA